CUGCUUCCGUGUGAGGCCCGGCCUCUGGGGCCCGCUGGUGGCGGCGGCCUAGCGAGGCGCGGCGGCUGGUGGGCAGGAGUGUGUUGAAAGAAGAUUCAGGAAAGAUAAGGAAAGGAGAGUGGCAGAUACACUACAGGAGGGUUCACUGAUGCUGAAGUACUAUGAGCGUUCAGAGCUUCUGGAGAGACUACAAAGUUCUGAUUGUUAUGGUGCCUUUAGUUGGGCUCAUACAUUUGGGGUGGCACAAAAUCAAAAGCAGCCCUAUAUUCCAGGUACCUAACAAGGACAACCUUCCUGUGCCAGAUAGUCUGGCACUUGCAAGUCCUCCAAAGGACCACGUCCAAAAGAAAUAACAAGGUUGCAUUCUUCAG